GAGAGAGAGAGAGAGAUAGUGAAAGAGAGAGAAAGAGGGAGAAAUUCUUUCUCUCGUCACAACCUUUGGGCGGAACUGAGGUGUGAAUUUGCGUCUUUUCCUCUGAAUCUAUCAGCUGGGUUUUUCAUGGCAAAGGGUAAAGUUCACUAAAGGAGGAGAGAUUCAGGAAGUAAGGAAGGGUCGAUGCCGUCAUGGACGAUCUAGAAAGGGACACAAAAAGAGCAUGCUGUGUGAGCCUGUGUCCUGUGAGGAAGUCCGCACUCCACCUCUGGUUCAAGGUCCUGCUUCUGUUCUGUGUUGGGUUCCUCGUCAUCUUCAGCUCUGCAUCAUGGUGGGAUUUUUCAUUCCAUGAGCACUACCAAAACAUUUUUAAUUGGACCAUACAAUUUCCUAGGACUGUCUAUUCAGGACCAGGAUUUAGACUCAAUGAAGUCAUUGAAACCAAAAACGUAACAAGCACAGUUCCUACUGCAGCACUGACAGGUACUCUGUACCACCAGGCCUACCCACGCAACUAUGACUUUAUUAUGGAUAACAAAGAGGUGUGCAAAUCCAUAACUCCUUUCCUGGUGUUGAUGGUUCCAGUAGCGCCACAAAACAGGGAAGCUCGGGAUGCUAUCCGACAGACAUGGGGCAAUGAGAGCCUGGUGCAGGGUGAGGUGGUGCUCACGCUCUUUAUGCUGGGUCUUCCUCGUAAUGCCGAUGACGAGCAACAAAAACAAAAGCUCGAUCAGGAGAAUCUUCAAUACCAUGACUUGAUCCAGAGCAGCUUCAUGGACAGCUACCUCAAUCUGACCAUCAAAACAAUGGUCAUCAUGGAUUGGCUGGCCACCCGCUGCCCAACAGCAGCAUAUGCCAUGAAGGUUGACUCAGACAUGUUCUUGAACAUUGACAAUCUCGUAAAAAUGCUUACACUACCGGGUAUUCCCAAGUGGAACUACUUGACAGGGAUGCUUAUGGUUAACAGGGAGGUUAUCCGUUACAAGGAGUCCAAGUGGUAUGUUCCAGAGGAGUUGUACCCAGAUUCCCGGUAUCCAACCUACACUCUGGGCAUGGGAUACGUCUUCUCCAAUGAUCUUCCAAAGAAAUUUGUGGAAGUCUCCAAAUCAAUAAAACCCUUUAACAUAGAGGACGCUUACAUUGGAAUGUGCAUGAAACAGCUUGGAUUUACACCCACAUCUCCACCGAAUCCCUGGCAGUUUCAAGCCUACAAUACAAAGUAUGACCGUUGUAUAUUCUCCAGAGUCAUCACCUUCAUUCUUGGUUCUUCACGAGAAAUAUUAAACUACUGGACAGACUUGAAAAAGCCAGGGGCACCUUGUUAGGUCAAGGAAAUAAAUAAACAAACAACCAAAUGGUUUAGGGAUGGGAUGUAUCUUUACUAUUAAUUGCAAUUUCCUCAAUGUGAAUUUAAGUGUCGCAUAAUUUGAAGGUGUACAGAAAUUAACAUAUGCAGUUUUUGACAAUAGUGCCUUUAAAACCCUCAGAGCUAAUGCUAUGUAUCAUUGAAUAUAGAUUUAUUUUUUUCAAGGGCUGUGUGGACACAGUUAUGAAUUAAUUUUUCCAGUCUAAUUUGUGUCACUGCACUGUAUUCCUGUAUGUAUGCAUGUAUAUAUAUACAUAUAUAUGAGAGAGAGAGAGAGAGAGAGAGAGAGAGAGAGAGAGAGAGGUAGAGACAGAGAAGAGUGUUUCCUGUACAAUUGUAUGUAUUCCUUUUAUUUCUUAUUUAUUCUUGGGUACAGUUUUCUUUAUAUUCUAAUCUACUUCACUUUUUAUUGUAUGUACCUUUAUUUCUACCUUUCUUUAUCUCGACAAUGCACCUUGUACGAUCUCCUGUGAAAAAUAAAGAAAUCUUGAAAACCUAGAA